AUGGCUGUGGCCGUUCCCCGGCCAUCUGCUCUCCGGGGAGUCCCCGGACGCCGAUACGGGUUCCGGCCGCCGAGCCGGGGGAUCUUCGUCUCGAUGUGAGUUACAAGGAGUCUCGUCGUUGGGAGGGCUACGUUUCGCAUCUAUUGGUUCGUCGGGGGUGCAUGAAACAUGGUCGUCUUCUUCCACGGCCUGACGUAUUCAGGGAUGCCGCGGAGGUUAACCAAUGCACGGGGAUUUGCGUGGGUUUAACCGGUUUAUUCUAUUUUUCAGGGGAGAUUCUUCGAUGUUUUCCCGUCCGCAGAAAGGAGGCGACAAUGAGACCUCGCCGGGGACUUAUAAUCCAUCUUUGGCUUCCCUUCUCGGAAAAUCCACCCAUGCUGACCUCCGCUUGGAUAGGCUACAGCCCCUUGACCUGGAAAGCAGAUGCAGGCUCAAGAGAGUCUUUGGACGUUUCGUCGCCCGGGAGGCCUUGUUAGAGGAGGAACUCUGGGUGAGACUCUCCAUCAACACAAGACUUAUAGCUGAGCUCGAAUCUUAGAUUGUAAUUUUAAGCUCUUCUUUCCUUAUCUUCACACAUUGUAGUUUAGGCAUGGAUUCAAUCAUUAAAUCUCUUUGAAGAUCUUGAAAUUUCAAUGUUCUGGUUCAUGCUAGACGGCAUCAUGGCUAAGGGCUGAAAGUCAUUGGGAGGAUCAACCUUAUUUGCGGUUAGUGUAAUGAUCACUGGAGCACAAGUCUAAUUGUACACCUUUUUUCUUCAUAUACUGCCCAUUUCCAAGUCCUUUAGUUGACAUUUUUAUAGAAUAUUAGUCGAAGGAAUGCUGAUUCCAAUGAGUCUCGCCUGCAGGUACGUAAAGAACUAUAAGAAGAAGUUCGCCGAGCAGGUGAUCAUCGUGCAUCAUCUUUUCCGUUCUAUUUAACAAAUCAUAUCACUGAUAAAAGGAACUCAGUUCUCAAAGACACAGGAUUAGCCAGAAUUCGCAAAGUCUUCAAUAUUCGAGAUGAUCAUAUCUGAAGAAAAGCCAGUGUGCGUGAGUAACCAUUAAAUCCACAAGUAGACGUUGCCAUCUCUAAAGCAUCACAACACAAUGAGAAUAACCUUGACAUCAGUUUCAUCAAUGAGAUCUUGGAGAUGGUUUUGUCUUGCAGAGGUUUCUGUUGCCAUUAUUCCAUGAAGUGGCCCUUGGGUGGUUUUUUUUCUUUUUUUCCUAUCUACUAAUGACCAGGUUUUCUCGUUUUGUUUCAGGAAUUUGCUGCAUUAAAGAGAAGGUGCAGCGAACAGAAUGCAGAAAAGUGCACUUGCAUCGUUGUGGUAUGGUUCUGUGCAUCCUCCUGAAAUUGCAAGCAAUUAGUUUCAGUCACCCAUUCAGUCGUUUCAUGGGCGGUGCAGUAUUCGUCUUCAAAUUUUUGACUGAUGAUCAUACAGGAAGGUGACGAAGAGUCCACCAGAACUCGAUAGCUCUGGCCUGGUUGGUUUUAAGAUGGAGCACACUCAAUUUUCUCUUGAAAUUGUUGAGUACUGCAAACCCAAUUGAGGAAACCUUUUGCGUUGGAACGCUGACAUGGAGCAAGAAAUACAUGGCGCUCCUUUUAAUCUUCAUUCCCUAUACCAUUUUCAUAAUUACUCCUUUCGUUUGCAAGAACUAUCAAAUUUUAGUUAAACUGGCGAUUUACACGGAUAAUCUCUGGAAAUCAAUGUUUUACAUCUUCUGAUGAACAUAUUAUUGCCUGGGAAAUUUAGAGAUAAAUGUUAUAUGAGAUGGUGCUACUGUGGGUCGUCUAUUUUCGCCGAAUAUACGAGGUGAAUCAAUGUGUUUUUCUGAUAUUUUCAACAAAGCCAGGUAAAGAGAGGAGAGAAGGACGUGAAGCGGACCGUACUGAACAGUGUUGUCGGAUCUCUGGACAUAAGCGUACGCUUUCUCUUACGUGGAGAGACAUAUCCCGGUGUACGGUUACGUCCCAAGGAGCUUCUACCAAUUAAGCUCGAUUAUUUUACCUCGUUGCCAAUAACAUGACUGAUGCUUUGUGCGUGUUCCUUCUCCAACAACAGGAACGAGCGACAAAUUUCUUCUCUAACGUCUACAGAGGAGAUGGCGCCAGGUAUGGCUACAUAGCAAACCUGUGUGUCGCAAAAUGUGCACGCCGACAAGGGAUUGGCAGCAACAUGCUCUACCUAGCCAUUGAAGCUGCGAAAUCAGAUGGUACUCCAAUUGGUUUGGCUCUCUGCUUUGGGAAUCCUGGCCAAACUUUAUAAAUGAUACAUUAUAUAUGCCGGAUGCUCAAAUGGCAGGUGUUGACCAGAUAUUUGUGCAUGUGGAUAGAGAGAAUGCAGCAGCCCAGAAGCUAUAUGCGAAGCUGGGAUUCCAGGUGAGCAGCCCCCACUAUCCCCUGUACAGGUGUUAAUCCCGCAGAUUCUGUAGGUCUGGUUCGUCUGAUUUCCCAUGUAAACCACUGUACAGGUGAUCGAGCUCGCCCCUUCUCACCCCCUGGGAGAACAGAAGUGCCUGAUGCGCUUGAACUGUUAAGCUUACUCAUCUUUCUUUCUUCUGAACUCUCUCUCUCUUCAAAUGUAAAAAUGUUAUAUAUUUUGAGAUAUUUCUCCGCACAACAAGGAACCCAUUUGGGUGUAUAAAUGUUUUGUGCUAUCCUCUAUGUUCUUUGCUGUUCUAACUUGUUUUUAUUUUUUUUGAGAGAGAAAAAAGUCAAAGAGUUCUUCGAUGAUUUUGUUCCAUUUGAUGCGGACCAUGUUUAGAACGUCGUAGAUUUUGCACAGGGAAGAGAGAGACUAGAAACAUCAAAUUGGGUCACUCAGACUCCAUUAGUGUAUCAAAGAAUGCAGAAAACACAUUCCUUUGGAAGCAACGGCAGCAACAAAAGCCUCGGAGUUCCUCUUUCUCAGUCCUGGCCUGUGGCCUGCUCGCCAGCGCCAUCACUCUUAGCUCUCCUCCGGCAGAUCCUCCUCACCCACUUCUCCUGCAUCGUCGUGAGGCUCAUCGGCGGCGCCGCCGCCGCAGAACAGGAGACGCCACCGGCGGAGGGCAGCUCAACAGGUAGCGCGGCCGCCGUGCUCUGGAAGGCGUUCAGCACCAGGAAGGCCAGAAUCGGCGAAAGAUCCAGCCCCCCUACCGGCGGGAUGAUCCCUCGGAAGAUGUUCAGGUAG